AUGGUUGAAGGUUAUCCUGUGUUCCUAACCGAUACCUGUACAGGGUGCAACAUGUGCGUAGAGGUGUGCCCGACAGCAGUUCUGAAGGUGGACCCCGAGACAAAGGUAGUGGCGUACGCAAAUCGCGAUAAUUGCAUUUUUUGCGGGCAUUGCGGGGCCAUAUGCCCAACCGAAUCGAUAAGCAUGUUUGGUAUCACCCCAGAGAGCGAGGAGAAUGCAAUAAAGACAGAUCCACCGGCAGUUCGUGCCGUCAAGAUGGCUCGCACGUGUCGUAAGUACCACCCGGAACCUUUACCGAAGGAGGAUCUGAUGCAAGCGCUUUCCAUAGCAAAAUACUCGGCCUCUUCAUCAAACAUUCGUCCUUUGCACUUCACGGUCCUGAGCAGAAGCCUAAUGGACACCCUUAGCCUUUCGAUAGCGAAGGAGGUUUCAAAGAAUCCUAGAUAUUCCAAGGUUGCCGCAUUGGUGGAAAAGGGUAUUGAUGUGGUUUUUCGUGGUGCCCCACAUAUGAUACUGAUGUCUGCACCUGCUGACAAGGCCGCAGUCGCAAUGGCAGAUGCGUCCAUCGCUGGACGGGACAUUCAGCUUAACGCAGAAUCUAUGGGCCUGGGGAUGUUUUGGUGUGGCUUCCUCUUAGCUGCUGUGGCUUCUUCUCAGGAACUGCAUGACAUUUGUGGUGUUCCAGAAGGCCACAAAAUCCUUAUGGCGAUGGGGAUUGGCCGCCCUAAGGUUAAGUUUGCCCGGCCAGCUCUUCGUCGAAACCUUGAGGAGGGUGUCGACAUUACAUUUAAGUAA